AUGAACGCUCUCCGGUCCAGUUCCGCAGUCGCUCGUCGGUCCCUUGCGACCCCUCCUGCCCCUCUCUCUUCUACCUCUCGUCUUAUUUCUUCCUCUUCUUUCACUUCUUCACUUUCUAAGAGAUCUAUCUCCUCUACCUCCCUCUCUCAACGAACUAAUCGAGUUGCUGCUUCUUCCCGCUGGUCCGGAUCGAUCCCUUCGUCUAUCACUCAAAUCCGCACUAUGGCUUCCGAAACCAAGAUCAAGGUCAAGAACCCUGUGGUCGAGUUGGAUGGUGAUGAGAUGACCCGUAUUAUCUGGCAAGAAAUCAGAGAAAAGUUGAUUCUGCCUUAUCUCGAUAUCGAUCUCAAGUACUACGAUUUGGGUAUUGAGUACCGUGAUGAGACCAAUGACCAGGUCACCAUCGAUGCCGCCGAGGCUAUUAAGAAGUACGGUGUUGGUGUCAAGUGUGCCACCAUCACCCCCGAUGAGGCCCGUGUUGAGGAGUUCAAGCUGAAGAAGAUGUGGCUUUCCCCCAACGGCACCAUCCGUAACAUCCUUGGCGGUACCGUGUUCCGUGAGCCCAUUGUCAUUCCCCGCAUUCCCCGCCUGGUCCCUGGCUGGACUAAGCCUAUUAUUAUUGGCCGUCACGCCUUCGGUGACCAGUACCGUGCCCAGGACCGUGUCAUCCCUGGCCCCGGUAAGCUCGAGUUGGUCUACACCCCUGCCGGCGGUGAGCCCGAGCGCGUUCAGGUCUUCGAUUUCCAGGGCGGUGGUGUCACUCAGUGCCAGUACAACACCGAUGAGUCCAUCGCUGGCUUCGCCCACUCCUCCUUCAAGAUGGCCCUCAUGAAGGGUCUUCCCCUCUACAUGAGCACCAAGAACACUAUCCUCAAGAAGUACGAUGGCCGCUUCAAGGACAUCUUCGAGGAGAUCUUCCAGAAGGACUACAAGAAGGACUUCGAUGCCAAGAACAUUUGGUACGAGCACCGUCUCAUUGACGACAUGGUUGCUCAGAUGAUCAAGUCCGAGGGUGGCUUCGUCAUGGCUCUUAAGAACUACGACGGUGAUGUCCAGUCCGACAUCGUCGCCCAGGGCUUCGGCUCUCUCGGUCUGAUGACCUCCGCUCUGGCUACCCCGACGGCUCUGCUACGAAAGGGUAACGAGACCUCCACCAACCCCAUUGCCUCUAUCUUCGCCUGGACCCGUGGUCUCGUCCAGCGUGGCCAGCUCGACAACACCCCCGAGGUUGUUACCUUCGCUGAGGAGCUCGAGCGUGCCUGUGUUGACGUCGUCAACGAGGAGGCUAUCAUGACUAAGGAUCUGGCUCUCGCCUGUGGCCGCAAGGACCGUGAGUCCUGGGUCACCACUGGCGAGUACAUGGCUGCCGUUGAGCGGAGGCUGAAGGCCAACCUCAAGGCUCGCCUGUAG